CCUUCCAUGGCGUCGCUGUCUCCCGUCCAAAGUCUCCUGUGCCUUGGACAAGCGCAGCGUCCGCGUAUUUCUUGUGCUACCAGACAAGGAGCUCUUAGCCGAGGCGUCGAGGCAGGCGAACCGCGAGGAGCUGAAGCCGAGAAGACAUGGAGGCGGCAGCGGCGGGGGAGGAGAAGGUGUUCGUCGCGUUGCCGGCGGAGUUCAAGGCGGGGCAGUCGACGCUGUCGUGGGCUCUCGGCCAUUUCGGCAGCGGCGGAGCCACGGUCGUGAUCGCGCACGUGCAUGCUCCGCCGCAGAUGAUUCCAGUGAUGGGAGUCAAAUUUCAUGUUGGUAAACUGAACCCGGAGCAAGUGAACAUGUUCAGAACGAUUGAGCGUGAAAAGGUGAACAAGCAGUUAGAUGAAUACGUCCAUCAAUGCUCGAAAAUGAAGGUGAAAUGUGAGAAACUAGUUUUUGAGAAGGAAGAUGUUGUAGCCGGCCUGGUUGAACUUAUUGUCUUACAUCGAGUCACUAAUUUAGUAAUUUCAGCUGCUGCAGACAGGAAGUACUCAAGAAAGAUGGACAAACCUAUUUCGAGGACUGCAACAGAAAUUAUGCAGAGAGCUGAUCCAUCAUGCAAGAUUUGGUUUGUUUGCAAGGGACAACUAAUCUGUACCAGGGACAAGGGAGUAGAAAUUGCACCAGCAGUUACACCUUUGUUCCCUGCUUCUGAUCACCGCGCCUUGCAGCUAUCACCUCACCAGGAAGAGGAUGAAGUUAAGUCGGAAUUCGGAUUUUAUGAUGUGCUCAAAGAGGCAUGCAUAGCAGCAGAGGACUUGAUGAAGAGAGCUAUAAACGAAUCUUCCAGGCGUCAAAAGGCAGAUGAAGAAGUUGUUUCAGCAAUUCAGAAAGCAAAGGAGUACGAGGAGCUGUACUUGGCAGAGGCGAGAAAGCACGAAGAACUUGAACAAGCUCUAGCAAGAGCAAAUCAAGAAAUUGCGCAGUUAAGACAAGCAGCCCACCUGCCCAUGAAUAAGCAGAAUGCGACCACGGUUGAGCUCCAAGAGGCGAUGGCAGAGAAAUUGAUCCUGGAGCAGCGCUUGGGAACAGAAGGACAGCUGAUUGAGCUACACAAGGAGCAUGUUCAGGUACAGACUGACGGUGACAAUGGCGCCAGAGGACUGCAAGCGCUGCUCAACCAGAGCAAGCUGACUGCGUUCUCUCCAUCCUCAGUUAUUCAGUCGCCUUAUGAUGAAGACUGCAUCCCUUCCUACUUCCUCUGCCCUAUCCUUCAGGAGGUCAUGAGGGACCCUCACGUUGCAGCGGACGGGUUCACGUACGAAGGCGACGCUAUCAGAGGCUGGCUGGAUGGAGGGCGAGAGGUGUCCCCUGUGACUGGGCAACACCUCGCCCACCGCGAGCCCAUCCCCAAUUUCUCGCUUCGUGCCGUGAUCCAAGAUUACAUGAUGAGGCGGAGCAGUGCCGAUUCUCAAGAUGCUGUUGCGAUCUAACUUUUCUCCUCUGGUGCACCGGUCAGGUUCAGUUUUUUUGCCCCAUAGCACGCUUUUGUAGGUUGCCUCGUACGGUCUGACCCGUUGUAGGGUCUUUUAAGGGCCACAGUGGGUGAAGUGUUGUAAUUUUAUAUUGAUAAAAAACCGACAGAAAAAAAAUGUACAAAGAAAACUAUACAAAGGAGCUUUUUUAUUAUUAUUUUAUUUAUUUAUUAUUAUUAUUUUAGAUAAGGGUCCAUUGAGUCGGCCUUCUAGUUGGCUAACUUCA